CACAAACCUUUGUUCAUUUUGUAACCUAAGAUAUGGAGGAUACUCGUAAGGGUAAAGAACAACAAAAGCAUGGUGAUGAUGGGAUCAAGUAUCGGGGUGUGCGACGACGCCCGUGGGGGAAAUACGCAGCGGAGAUACGUGAUCCAUCGAAGAAUGGGGCUAGGCAAUGGCUUGGGACUUACGAAACGGCGGAGGAUGCGGCUAGGGCUUAUGAUCAAAGGGCAUUUCAGUUGAAAGGUCAUCUUGCUAGUUUGAAUUUUCCUAGUGAAUAUUAUGCUCGUGUCAUGGGUUCACCUCCUCAUCCUCCUCACUUGUUUCCUUCGGUUCCGAUCAAUUCGGGUUUUGAGAGCAGUGGUGUUGGUGGUGGAUCGUCGACUUCUAACGUCGAUCCUCAGAAAGUUAUUGUUUUUGAGUAUGUGGAUGGUAGGGUUUUGGAAGAUCUUCUGGCUCAAGAGGAUAAAAAGAAGAAGAAGAAUAGUAAAUAAUGAAAGCCCUAUACCUUUGUUUAUCUUUUUCUUUUUUUUCAGCCUUGGCUUUUGUGUUUGGGUCGUUUUGCCCUAGCUUUUAUUAAAUGCUUUUAUUAAGUCCUUAAUAAUCAAUGUAACUCUUUAUUACUAUAUAAUUAAACCUUGUUGCUGCCUGGCUUC